UGAUAUCAUAUCUGAUGCCACCCCUGCGCCGCAAAAAUGGCCGCGAGCCCGCAUGCGAGCCCUGUCGCCGACGCAAGCUCGCCUGCGACCACGAACUGCCCGGCUGUCGCCGGUGCGAACGCCUGUCGAUGAAGUGCGUCUACCUCGCCAAUCCGUUGACCAAAACAAAGUCUGCCAGCAAUGACACAGUCGAGCCGUCACCAGACUCAAGCAUAGGCAUUCCGAGCAUUCCGAGCGAUAGCAGCGCGAUGCCGAGCGCGAAGACCUGCCCCGGCGCGCAGUCCACCACGCCGAUCCUCGAGAGCUCCGCCGAGUAUCUGGGGCCGGCGAGCUUCACCUCGGUGUUCGUGGAGCACCGCGAACGCUUCGAGGUCGAUCACACACUCGCCAGCCCCGCUGCCGCUGGCGGUGGUAGUGGUCACACAGUCCCCAACCCACCGUCGCCGAUCCAGCCCGCCACGAUCCCGAUCAUCACGCCGCGCCUGCUCCAACUCGGCGUGCAGAUCCUGCGGAACGUUCCCGACGAAGAAACGUGCAACCAGCUCUUUGUGCGCUGCGAAGUCUCCAUGGACUCGUGCUUCCGCUUGGCCAAUUGGCAGGCGUCCAAGCUGACCUGGGACGCGUAUCGGCCGGUGCUGCGGGCACGCACCCCCGAGCAUCUGCACACCCUCGCGCGGCGGCUGGCAGAGUGCACGCUCGUCCCGCUGCCCGCGGAGCAGGACCCGGAGCGCUGGGUGGAGUCGUUCUCCGGCCGGAAGGCGCGGUGGGAACUCAUCGGCGUGCUGUUUACGUACUGGUCGUAUGGGUGUGUGUCCCUGGCACCGGACAGUCCGGCGAUCGCGUCCUACUGCGCGGGCCGGGCGAUGAAGGGCGCCAAGGAGAUGAUGCUUCACUUCAAGAAAUGCGCUGAUGGUUUGCUGACGGUAGUAGGUCUCUCUUGCUGGCGACAACACGGCGAUACCAUCGCCGUGACCACCUCCAUCGGGCUUCAUCGCGAGCCAUCUUCGGAGUGGAACGAGGUCUCAUUCCAGCAUGAGCUGAAAAGGCGUCUCUAUUCGGCGAUCUUCGCGUUCGACAAAGUCGCCUCCACCCUGACGGGUCGGCCGCCGCUCCUGAGUCGCAGAUAUUCAACUACCCAGCUACCGUUGGACAUCAGCGACCAUGAUAUUCUGUCUGGUAAUGUGAGGAGCGCCGCUGCGAAGCUGGAUUCCGACGGGUGGGACCGCAAUAGCGGUAGGAAAUUCACCCAGGCUGCGAUCCUGCGCGCGCGGGCCUUGUUCGCGAGGAACCGCGAGGAGAUCUUGGAGGUUUUGGAGUCUUCGCUGGACGAGAUCUCCGACUCGGCUAUCGAGACAUGCUUCAAUCUCAAGGCUCAGGCCUCUGCCAUCUAUGAUAAGCUGCCCGAAAGUCUCAUCCACAAAGUGGAAGAUAUCGACGAUCUCGAUAUACCGGGGCAUUGUCUACAUACCCGGAUCCUCGUGCGAUUAGAGUACCUGCUGAAUCAGUUCCUACUAGAAAGACUCCUGACGCGUCACAAGAUCGUCACCGAGCAGGCGCUCAUCGGGGUCAGCCAGGAGACGCUGUCUCUCACGUUGCUCUACUGGAAACACAAGGACCGAUUCAUGGCCCUUCACAACGAUUUCUCAUGGCUGGCGAUGUCGUACGGCGCGCCGUGUAGUGGAAUCCUCUGUCUCGAGCUGCUACGCCAGGCGUCCCACCCCCAGGCUUACAACUUGGACCUGCCUCGCUCGGCAACAAUUCAGAACCUAAGCCUGUUCGUGGCGUUUCUGGAUUGGCUCAAACCCUGCGGCUCGGAUAUCUCCGCCAAGACCCAGAUCAAGAGCAUCCUGCAACGCUCGCUCGAUCGCAUCCUCGCCAUGCCGGCGUCACUGUGUAGCCCUGCGACGGCCAUGGACAAUUUCGGCAUGCACGACUUUAUCGGCGCGGAGUAUCCGCAUCUGGAGCUGUUGAACACGUUCAAUUGGGUGGACUGGGAUGGGGGGAUGUAGCUUGGCCAACAUCGGCACUACCUGCUGUCUAAGGUGUAUCUCUAUGCUCUACAUCUAGAUUCUAGAUUUUCCAACUUCCGAAGCACAAAAAGGGCGACAUCAUCCGGACUCCAUCACUGUACAACUGGAUCAAGAUGGGGUUGAUCCAGAUCGGGACCGUCCACAGCAUGAACAGCGCCACCCAGACAUAACCGAUCAUCCUCUUGACACCGGGAUUCAUCCUCGCCCGUAGUGGCCGGGUGAGAUCCCGCGCAAUGCUCUCAAUGACGACCCCGACGAUCUGCAGACAGAAGAACCACAAGGCGCCGCUCUUGGCCAUCGGCACCCCGAACCCCACAUCCAUGAAGAGAUGAAUGACCC